GAGGAGGAGGGUGGAGGAGGAGGAGACGGAGAGUUAGAAAAGGGGGAGACAAAUGUAAUUUCUGUUGCAUCUGGCCCUCAGCUCUCUGACCAGCCCAGUCCAGAGCAGCUCCUCACAGGGAAAGCCUUUAUGAGCGAGCAAGCAGAAGUGAUCUGAGUUUUUGAGCUAAGUCGUCAGUGUCAGUGUCAGCAUGGCCGGGGGCUCGGUGUCUGAGUGUAAGGAGUACUUGUUCAAAGUGCUGGUGAUCGGGGAAUUAGGCGUCGGGAAAACCAGCAUCAUCAAACGCUACGUGCACCAGCUUUUCUCGCAGCACUACAGGGCGACGAUCGGGGUCGACUUUGCACUGAAAGUAAUCAACUGGGACAGCAAAACGCUGGUCAGGUUACAGCUGUGGGACAUCGCAGGUCAAGAGCGAUUUGGGAACAUGACGCGGGUGUACUACAAAGAGGCCGUGGGGGCGUUCGUGGUGUUCGACGUGACAAGGGGCUCCACAUUUGAAGCUGUAUCUAAGUGGAAGCAUGACUUGGACAGCAAGGUGAAGCUGGCUAAUGGCAACCCCAUCCCCUCAGUGCUGCUCGCCAAUAAAUGUGACCAGAAGAAAGAGAGCUCCAACAACACAGCCCUAAUGGACAAUUUCUGCAAAGAGACCGGCUUUCUGGGCUGGUUUGAAACCUCAGCUAAGGACAACAUCAACGUGGAUGAGGCAGCACGUUUCCUGGUAGAGAAUAUCUUGGCUAACGACAAAGGUUUGCCAUACGAGGAGAGCAAUGGAGACCGGAUCAAACUGGACCAGGAGACUGUGGCUGCUGAGAGCAAGUCAGGCUGCUGCUAACACUCAAUCCAUUCACAUUAGCCAUCCGCCUCCCUUUGGCAGGGUCCGAUGCCUGUGGCUCUCAGCCCUCUACUGCAACCUCGCAGAGGAAUAUGAAUUUUUGGGUCUUCAAAGCUCCAGGAACUUCUCCUCCCGGCACUGCUGCCCAUUUGACCUGCACAUCCAAAUCUCUCACUGUAGCUAUCCCUAGGCCAGAACAGAAGCCCAAUUUUAUCUUGAUGUUGUUGCAAAUGUUGUCAUUGCCUCUACCAUGCUGUUUCCUGUUUCGUCCCACAUCUCCAAACCACAGGAUCUUUAUUAUUGUGUUUGUCUCACCACAUAUUCACUUGACUGUGUAUUCUACCACCAACUAUGAAGUCCACCAAGCCCUUCAUACUAUACUCCUUCUGUUGCCCUGACAGCCUCUGGAGCCCUGGACGGUACCUCACCUGAGAAGGGGUGGAAACUAAGCAGAACACUGAGAAACACUGCUAGAGAUCAACCUGUAGCCUCCUAGUAUCUGUCACUUUGGUCUAUUUUCUCUCAUUAUCUUUGUCAUUUAACAUUUGUCUAUGAAACAAGACACUUUAAUUGUUCA